AUGGCGGACAACGGCGAGAGCUCCUCGCAGAACCCCUCUCGAUCUUUACCCAUUUCGGCCUCCUCAAUUCGCUCGACUUCGCCAGCCCCUGAUGGUUCAAAUCGACAAGCCUCGAUUGCUCGACUUGCUUCACCUGUUCCGUCGUCUCCGGCAUUUGGAACUUCUCCGUCAUCGCGCCAGGGUGUUCCCUCCAGUCGCCCUAUAACUACAUCCGGCACAGUGGCCUCCGAUCAUGACUUCCGCGCUGUGCCUUAUCCGCCCUCACUUCCAGGCCCCGGUCAGUCGAUGAUUGCGUCCCAGCUCCAGGAGAGCCUCGGCCGGUCACCCCCAAGACUCGGGACCCCCUCACGAGCUGGGGAGCCUGCCGGGCUUCAUUCGGCUGUGGAGAACCGCGCGAUCAACUCGCAAUAUGGAUCUUUCGAUAUGAGAAGUGUUGGGGAAGCAAAUCCCCCACUUGAGGACCCAGAGGUGGUGAAGCGACACCUUGUCCUCCCACAACAUGCCACCGACCACCGUGAAACAGGUCCUGAGCUCGGUACCAGCAUUGGUGACGAGAAUUUCUCGAGCCUUCAACUUCAAGGUGGUGAUAUGACCCGAGAAGUAUAUCGUUGGGCCGAGGAUGCGGAAUCAGAGAACCGCUUUGCCCGCAGUAAAAGUUUCAGUAUCAGUCGACCAACUCCGGAGACUCAGACAGAGGAUAUCCAGACCAUUUUAAUUCCCGGAGGAUUUCGACGUGAUUUCUUGCGCCGGACUGCAGCCAGUCCUCAUCGCGGAAGUACCCAUGGAUCGAAUCAUGGAGGUGCACCUCCUCAACCUCAGCUGCCGACAACGAACUUCCUAGAAUUCCUGACGCUGUACGGCCACUUUGCUGGUGAGGAACUCGAGGAAGAUGACGAGGUUUUGGGACCCGAUGAGUACUUUUCGUCGGGUAACUGGGAUGACCAAGACGAGGGCCGAGAGUCGGGAGAAGACGCAGCUCUGCUACAAGGCGAUAAUGCACGCCGAAGGGUUCGGAAGAGGAAGCAUAAGCAGCGAGCACCUGCAGGAACUUCAACCACCACCGGUGCUGUUCUUCUACUUCUCAAGUCUUUCGUGGGCACCGGAAUCCUCUUCCUUCCUCGAGCAUUCUUGAAUGGGGGUCUGCUGUUCAGUUCCCUUGUUCUACUUGCUGUCUCGUUGCUGAGUUAUUACGCAUUUAUCCUGCUGGUCAACACCCGCAUGAGAAUCGAAGGAUCGUUCGGUGAUAUUGGCGGAAUCCUGUACGGCAAGCAUAUGCGUCGCAUCAUUCUCGGAUCUAUUGUCCUCAGUCAGCUGGGAUUCGUGUCCGCAUACAUUGUCUUCGUCUCCCAAAAUCUGCAGGCUUUUGUCUUGGCCGUGAGCAAGUGCAAGUCUUUCAUUGACAUCAAGGUUAUGGUUUUGGUGCAGCUCAUCAUCUUCUUGCCAUUGUCACUCAUUCGUGAUAUCAGCAAGCUUGGUUUCACCGCCCUUAUCGCCGAUGUCUUCAUUCUUUUGGGUCUGCUCUACAUCUAUUAUUACGAUGCUGUGACUUUGAUCGGAAACGGGGGUAUCUCGGAUGUCAUUUCGUUCAAUCCCGCGACUUGGUCCAUGUUCAUCGGCACGGCUAUCUUCACCUAUGAGGGGGUUGGACUUAUUAUCCCUAUCCAAGAAUCGAUGAAGCAGCCCCAACGCUUCCCUGGUGUCUUGGCCGGUGUCAUGGUAAUAAUCACGCUGAUUUUCCUUUCCGCCGGUGCUCUUAGCUACGCGGCUUAUGGCUCUGCGACGAAAACAGUUAUCCUUCUUAAUCUGCCGCAAGACGACAAAUUUGUCAACGUGGUCCAACUUCUCUAUUCGCUCGCUAUCUUGCUGAGUACGCCACUCCAGCUCUUCCCUGCCAUCCGUAUCAUGGAGAACGAGCUGUUCACGCGGAGUGGGAAGUACAAUCCAUACAUAAAGUGGCAGAAGAAUGGUUUCCGCUUCUUCCUAGUUCUCGUCUGUGCUGUCGUUGCCUGGGCUGGUGCAGACGAUUUGGAUAAAUUUGUUGCCCUUGUAGGAAGCUUUGCUUGCGUCCCAUUGAUCUACGUCUAUCCACCACUCCUCCAUCUGCGCGGUUGCGCCGGCUCCAAACGCCAGGCAAUUGCGGAUGUUGUUCUCGCCGUCUUUGGUGGCAUUGUAUGCAUAUAUACCACGUUUCUCACUAUCCAAAACUGGAUGGGUGGCCAAGCUGCUCCAAGUCCCGGCUAUUGUGAUUCUCCUGGGAACUAA